CCGUCCGGCGCACUUCACGCUCUCAAACGUAACGGAUAAACACAACCGCGCAGCGCGGAUCUUCGACGGCACGUUGGCUAGAAGUGCUUGCGGCUCGGGGGCCAACGCAAGGGAAGCCCCGUCGAAUGGCGGCGGAGCGUCUCGUCGUUUGUGUGUGUGCGUCCCGCCGCACGGGAGACGUCAUGAGAACAGAGCACCGCGGCGCGACGCCAGCGCGUCAUUACGGACUGUGGUUCUCCUCAGAGCUGAAGGAGCCAUGGCAGAGACAGAAGUCACCGUGUCUGUGGAGGACCUGGUGGAGGUGAAGAGCAACGAGGAAGAGGAUGUGGAUCCUGACGCCCGGAGCAAGACUCAGAUGAUCCUGCAGCUGCAGCCCAUCACAGCUGGGCUCGGAGACGAAAGCAGUGAGACGGAUGCUGCAGUUGUGGCAGUGGAGACACAAGACGAGGCGUCUGUUGAAGGAGAGGAUUUGGAGCUUGGUUAUGCCAUUACAUGCGGCGAGAGUAAAGCCAUCCUUCUGGUGAAGAAGUUUGUGUGCCCGGGAAUAAACGUCAAAUGUGUGAAGUAUGAGGAUCAGUUGAUUAGUCCGAAGCAGUUCGUGCACAUGUCGGGUAAAGCCACCUUGAAGGACUGGAAGCGAGCGAUCCGGAUGGGUGGCGUUAUGCUCAGGAAGAUGAUGGACUCGGGUCAGCUGGAUUUCUAUCAGCACAGCACUCUCUGCACAAACACCUGCCGCAGCACCAAGUUUGACCUGCUGAUCAACAACACACGCUUCCCACCGGACGGCAGUGGACUCAGCACAGCCACCACAGCUCAGGGGCAUGUUUCUGUGGGUAACGGAGGUCAGACGGCCACAAUAGAGGAGAAGAAAGAAGACGUGAUUGGUACGGUGGAGUGGAGCACAGCUCCGGUAGAAAGCCCAGAGAAAAGAGACUCCCCUGAGAUCUCAGACGAGACGCUGAGUUUCUGGAGGGGUAUCACUGAGGUGGGGCUGAUGGGGGAGGUGGUGUCUAACAUCCGCUCCGAGCUGCUGAGUCUGCUGAGAGGAGUCCAGCUGCGCACCGAUCCCAGCUCUCUACAGGACGCAGAGAUUGCGGUCCUGAGUAACCUGGCUCAAGUCUUUGACCUGCUGGACUCUAUCAAACAGAUUCUGAACGUUCGACGGCAAACGACGGACCCGGAGCAGACGCAGGUCCUCCGAGCACUGACGACACUGGAGCAGCAGGUGGAGGAGCAGAAGCAGCAGCAGUCGCUCAGCUGGCUGUCUCAAUCCCAGGCCCUCAGCAGUCUGGUUCUCCCCUCCACUCCUCCAGCCAAACGUGCUCCCAAACGCCCGCGCCUCCAGCGGCCCGCCUCCACCACCGUGCUCAGCACAUCCAUAGCCCAGCCUUUCACCCUCCAGCCCCAGCAGUUCACCGUGCUCUCCCCGAUCACCCUUUCCUCCAUCGGCCAGUCGUUCACGGUGGCCGGCCUCGGUCAGCCAUCCAAUACGGUCACCCUACACGCUCUCCCCGCCGGCUCGCAGUUCUUCACCAGAUUUGCCGCAGGUUUGGAUGGAAAAACCGAAGCCAUCGCCCUCCAUCCCACAUCCGGGCUCACGCUGCUGGGUGCCACAGCCCUGCAGGACCAGGGCCAGCUCGGGACAGUCAUGAGCCACGGCGAGCUCAUCCAGUUGACGCAGAAGGCGGCUGCUGCUGGUGUAGCCCAGGACGGUCAGGUGGUGGCGGGCACCGUAGUGAUGCAAGAGGGCGUUGUCCGUGUCGUUCAGGAGGAUGAGAACCAGGACAACACCACCCUGAUCGAGAUUGACCCAGCCACCGCCGACCACAGCGUGAGCGUCAUGGAGCUGCAGCUCGAGGGCGAGGAAGUGGAGGGCGGCGCGACUGUGGUGGAAGAAGGCGAGGAGGUGGUGCAAGGCGAAACGGAGGAGACUGGGGAGAUGCAGCUGGAUGCUAACGAUCAGUUCCACAGUUUGCCUGUUGUAGUGGUGGAGGAAGAGACACAGGACGCCGGCAAAGCCAAAUGAAUCACACAAACUGCCCUCAGAGACUGACGGACCAAAUCAGACAGGGACCGGGAUUGUGUCACCCCAUGUGGAGUGUAUGUGUUUGCCUUUCCAGCGGUCUUGUUUUGUUUCAUUACUCACUUCCUGCACAGCCAAGCUCAGCUCUUCAAGCCUGACGCGUCAUGUAUUUGUAUUCGCUCAGUAUUCCUUUUUUUUGUGUGUUUUUUUUACAUGCGAAAAGCAACAAUUUGAUGUUUAGCUGGAACACAUUCAGUAUUUCCUUUGUUUUUUGAGUGUGGGAAGUUAGACAGGGCACUUAUUUUUCAGUUUCUUUUGGUUUUGGUGCCAAAAUGUCACGUUGUAGCCAUGGCCAGAUAUCCAGUUUGUGAAUCUCCGAUCUGAAGGUGAAGAUUAACAGUUAAAGUGAAAUUUAAGACACUCCAAUAGUGUCUGUGUAGUUUCUGACAUCAGGGUAUAAAUGGCACUAAUGUUGGUGAUAUUUUAGCACAGUGGUUUUUAACUCUGGUCCUGGGGUCCUACAGCACUUCACUUCAUGCAGCUCUGCUAAAGAUAUUAUAGUCUGAAUUGUGUGCAAAUGAGAGAAGCAAAAUCAUAGUGCUCUGGGUCCUCAGGAUCAGAGUUGAGAAUCAUGCCAUUAGCACACGUAAUGAAAGAUGUGUUGCGAAUGUUUGCGAAUGGAUGUCCUUCACUGAUAAUAAAAUGCAUCUUCCUUUCCCCGUGAGGUAUAUUGUAAGUGAUGAUAGAUUGCGGGAUUGUGCAUUUCAAAGUCUGUUACAGUUUCAGAGUUAUGUUUUGAAAAGUAAUUGCAGAAAUACACUGUUGUUAAUUUUGCGAAACAAAGUUAAUUUAUUGCGUUUAAAGAAAUUGUUUGUGCUAAAUUUAUAUUUCUGUAAUGAUUUACUCACCCUCAUGUCAUUCUAAACUCACAGACCUGCUGUGGACCACAAAUGGAGAUGUUUAGCAGAAUGUUCACACUUGCAGUUCAUGCAAAACAUUAUUUUGCUGCUUGUUUGAAUGAAUUAAAAUGAGCUAAUGCAUCAAGA